GGGAAAGGUCGCCGCCACCACUGCACUGGCCGUGAACUUUGAAGAGUGGCGGAAGCUCAGAACAUUUGAAGUUCUGAAUCUAGAACUUGAACCUGAACUUGAACUUGAAGUUGAAGACACAGAUUUUCGAGUUCGUUGUCAGCACGAAGCGCAAGAGCGGGCUUUCAGCGCCAGCUCGAAAUACCUGGUAUCAGGUAGGGAUAGAAUCGAGCCCUUGGCCUUGGCUUUGUGAGUUUUUUUGGCAUUCGUCAAGGACGGGGAGAAGAGGUUCGUGCCUCUAACUUACUGGAAAGGAGACUGCCUACCACAAGGAUGGAGGGUUUAUCGCGAGAGGACCUCGAUAGGCUGCAGUUUUUCCAACAAACCAGGGAGGAUGCGGAAGAGGUCCACAAGCACAACCCAGAGGAUGCAGAUAACCUCACGCGAUGGGGUGGUGCACUCAUGGAGCUCGCUCAGGUUCCUGGAGUGGACUCCUCAAAUUUGAUGGACGAGGCCGCAGCCAAGCUUCAGAUGGCGCUCAAAGUGAACCCUAAGAAGCAUGAUGCCCUCUGGUGUCUGGGCAACGUACAUACCCAGCAGGGCUUCAUGGUGCGGGAGGCUUCGGAAGCGAACAAGUUCUUUGACAAGGCGAAUGCGCUCUUCCAACGAGCUCUGGAUGAGGAGCCCCACAACCCCAUGUACAAGCAUGGCCUCGAGAUGUCCACAAAGGCCCCGGGCCUCUUUCAAGAGCUGCAUGAGGAGCUCCGGGCGCGAGAAGCCGAGAUUACCCCCGUCAGCAGCGGGACGGGAGCGGGGCCAACGGCUUCUGCAAGGCAGAAAAAGAAGCAGACCGAUAGUGACUUCAAGUAUGAUGUCAUCGGAUGGGUAGUGAUGAUUGGAAUCGCCGUGGCCUGGCUUGGAGUCGCAGCAUCGAAGGCAGCACCGACGCCAUCGUCAACGCCCGCACUGAGGUGAAUGUAGGUGGGCAGACUGGGUUCUUGUCAGACUGUUAGGUGGUUGGCUCUCAGCUGUAAGCAGGUUUGAGGUGAGGUUUUGUAGUUCGAGAGAAUAAUGAUUGGAAAUAGGUCACAAAUGCAAGGCUUGGGGACUUUUGUACAUCUGGUCGAACAUCUAAAAGCUAGUGGCAGGGAAGAUCAGUGAGACUGCAGUAUUGCUGGGUGCCUCUAAUGUGGUGCUUGUUUUGGUCCUAAUCAUUGAUGCUGUUACUCGAUAGAGAUGAGUCUCGAGGUCCAAGCCCCUCUCUUCUAGUGUAUUUACUCCGAUGCAUCCCGUUAUGACUACACGAGACUUCUUUGUGGAAAAUGGUUCGAUGACAAGGCAAGUAUGGACUUCCGCUGAGCUUCAU